AUGGUUUCUGCAGCUCGCAAGAAGAAAAAUAGGAUCAAUCACAGAAUCAAUCUCAAAACAAGGAAACAGCAAGCCUGGGAGCAGUUGCCAGAAUCAUUUAUUGCUAAGUGUCGCACAAAAGUGCCCUUCACCGAACCAGAAGGAAUUGAAGAUGGUUCAAAAGAGGAGAAAAGAAGUAUGGACUUCUUCUCCGCUCCUACAUUACCCCAUUUCAAUCCCGAAUGGAUAUCAAAACCAUAUUCGUUCUCCGAUCAGUAUUCAAUUCAUGCCACACUGGGAAGGUACAAUUUGUGUCGAUCGUUUCGUAAUCCUAAAACACUAUUAAUUUUCCGGACAGUGAUGAAAGGUUGGCAUGAAUCUGGUUGCAUAGUCGCAAUGAAGAAGUUUCAUGUUCCUCCAGAAGACAUUCUCCAACUGGAAGAAGUCAGAGCACUGUCUUCCAUCAAUCAUGAGAACGUUGUCAAACUUCUCAGUUUGAGACUGACAGUUUCCGUGCAAUAUCUCGUGCUGGAGUAUUGCCACUUUGAUCUGGAGGUUCUGAUUCACCUUCCAAAGGUCAAAAUCGAGACCGAGCAUAUCAAAAGUAUAGCUUUUGCUCUGCUCUCAGGAUUGACGGCGAUCCACAAGAAGAAUUAUGCCCACAGAAAUCUCCGCCCUAGCCAUGUUCUUCUCACACAAGACGGAGUGGUGAAGAUCACCGAUUUCGGACUUUCGUGUUCCACAGAAGCAGCAAGUCCAAUUUCAACUUCCCAAAUGGAAAACAUCCAUUAUGCUGCUCCAGAAUCCCUUCUGGGAUGCACGGAGAUACGGCGUAAUGCGGACUUAUGGAGUGUAGGAGUUAUUAUCGGAGAACUAUUUCUCCGCGCCUCUCUGUUCGAUGCAAAAAACAACAGAAAUCAAGUCGUUCACCUUCUGGAACUUCUCGGUGAUUUUGAGGGUACAUUCUUCGAAGGCAACCAGAAUUAUCAAGAAAUCCGUAGUGCCUGGAGUGGUGACAAAAAUGGAACCUUCCACAAAGUUUUCGAACCGAGACUUUGCAAUGGUUCACUUUAUGAUGGUGAAGGACUUCGAUUUGUGAAAAACAUGAUGAAAACCAAUAUCGAUCACAGAUUGACUGUCGAGGAAGCAUUGAAUCAUGAGUGGUUCAAAAGUGGAGUGAGAGGAAAUGUGAAGGAUCUUCUUGAAAUAUUCAAGAAUCCUUGUCGCUCACGAAUCUUCCAGGACAGCAACGACGAUAGCAACGACUAA